AAGAUUGGAUUACCAUUCCUAUGCAGUCUCCUGAUGGAAACCAGCUCUGGUGCCCCGGCCAGUCCCUGUGGAACCUGAUCACUGAGCAUGUUCCUGAGUCAGAGCUGCGUAAGAUCCACACAGCACUGGGCUACUCUGUAGUUGACAUGUACAUAGAGGUGCACACUGAGGCGGAGAUUCAGUACAAGAUGUGGCAAAGGAAGCGACGAGGAAUAAACGGCAGCAAGAACGGGACCCCACUCCCUUUAGCCGACCCCCCUGCAGUCAAAGAGCUGGUGAGAGCCGAGGUCAAGAUGUUACUACACACUCUGAGAGAGAGAGCCAGCAGAGAGGGAGGGAACGGUGAGGAGCUCCUGUCUCGGUACAAACCUCAGACAGUGGACUACGCCCUGAGUCACCUAGACAGCCGUUACAGAAACUAUACCAACCCUGGAGAAGCUGAUUAUAAAGCCAGACCGAGCUCCCGCUGCUCAGUCCAGUCCGACGCUGAAGAUGAGGUCGAGGCAAUGAGAGACAAGCUGAAUGUAACUGACAUCGAUCAGGUGGUCGACCGACUCAGGUCCGUCCUAAUGGAGGAAUGUGAGGCGUUGAAAAGGCUGGUGAAGCAUUUCAGGGGAAAUAUUACACAAAAGUGUCCCACUGAGCUUGAUAAUUCAGAACCUACGCUUGCAGAGUUAAGGGAGCUUAAAGGAGCUAUACAAUCGGACUUGGAGCUGUACCCUUCUUCGCUUUCUGCUUCACAACCAGCUUCUACUCUCCCUUUGAAGAAAUUGAAAAACAAGUUCAGUCUACCAUCAAGGGUUUCUAUUGAGGGUGUGCAAGAAUUGAGCCCCACCACAGCCCUAAAGCCACAUCCACCUCCUCCUCUGAGUCAUACUACACCCAGGCCUCCAUCAGGCGCCCGUCCCAGCAAGACCUCAUCAUCAGUUAAAGUGAUGAAUAGCUCUUCACUGACUAGGACUCAUGGACAGCAUAUAAUCACAUCCGCCUUCACUGGAGCUAGGAAAGCACAAACAUCUAUCUAUAGGAUCUCAACUUCUAGGCAUGCAAACCUCCCUACUUCACUUCCAGGGUCUACCAGGGACCAGAUGGUAUUAAAAACCCUACAAGACUGCAGUCUUUAUCCAGAGCAAAAUGGUGCCAGUCCCCAUUGCAGGACCCUAACUUCUAGUCCUAGUUUUCCAAGAAAUUCAUCCAAUGCCAAUAUUCACAGGCCAAGCAGAAAGAGUGAUCUGUCGCCCCAGACUGAGAGAAAAAGCAGCCCUGCCUUGAGGUCCAGAAACCUCAAUAGUGUCCCCUCUUUCCGUCAAUGUGAGGCAGGAAGUUACAGCAGCAAUACUGAACAUUGUGUGUCAACGACUGGGAAACCAAAGACCAAAAAGGGGCAACAGAAUAGUACCUGUGGAGGUAGUUUACUGUCAGUGCAGAUGGAGGAUGACAUUAAGAAGUUCUCUUCUGAGAGUUUUCAGUCUGAAACUGAGCUCCCCUACACAAAUGGACAUAAUGAACAGAAACAAUGGAAUUGAUAUAAAUACAAAUGGUCAUCUUGGGAAGGACAUCACACAACAGCAAAACCCUGUAGCCACAAGCGUUCACCCAGCAGCUAUACGGAAAAAUAGACAGUUCUUUCCUGCCCCUAAAAUACCACUUGAGGGCGACACAAGUCAGUCACAAAGGGUCCACAAGUUUGACCAGCCAGUCCCUCCAAAAAGUGUCUCAACGUAAAGAUGGUCGAGGAAUCUUGCAUCUGUUUCAGGAAAAAUGCAAGGGAGGUUGUUUUUUGUGAUAUUGCAAACUUUUAGAAAACUGUCUAGUCUGGGCAAUUCCUACACAGUGUUACGACAUCAGACUCAAUUAUAUUUGGUAGCAUGAUUACUUGAAAUUGUUUCACUCUUCAAUAUUUCACAG